AUGACGCAAGACGCAAAAUCACCAUCCGUCUCACCUAUCGAGGUCUCCUUCCCGCUUCGCAGAGCUCUCUAUACAACACUUCAUAUCCAUCUCACUUUCCUCGCAACGACAACCAUGGUGUUUCUUACAACUACUUCAACCGGUGAAUCAAAAGGCGUUACGAGGCCAAUGGGGAGUUUUGUCUAUGCGAUGCCCAAUCGCCUGCAUCAUGGUGAUACGUUGGCCACUUCGAUGUAUACUACCCCAAACACCAUCGACUACGCCAGGCGCACGGCCCAGGCAUUGGCCCGCAGGAUGAAUAUGCCUGUCUACGUGGGGUGUAGUAUCGACCUUUCUGGCCAGGUGGCGGAGGAGGAGACCGCAGGCCUGGCGCAAAUUAUUAACACGAUCCUUGCCAAGUGGGAAGAAGUCAAAGAGAAGAAAGAAGCGCAAUCCUGA